AUGGGUGCCUACUACGCAAGCAGCCUGAAGCGCCAGUUUGCAUAUGCCAACUCACCUGCUAUCCGACGUCUUGACAGGGGCCAGCUGCAAGUGACUCGGGCAAGGCUGCAGAGCUCGGACCGGACAGUCAAGACCCGUCGUUCCUACACCAACAAAUCCGGAAAGCUUUGCUAUCAAGGGACGAAGGAGCUGAAAGCCACAGAGAAAUAUCCCGUGCUGUUCGGCCUGGCCAUUGCGAAGAUCUUUGAGGAGCUGAAGGCGCUACAGGCUGAACUUGCUAUCCUGGACAAGAAGCCCAUCCGCAUGGCCUCCAUUUCGACUUUGUCUUUGGACUCCCGGGAGGUCGAUGAGCCACCGACACCGGUGCCUCCUCCAGCCAUCCCAGCCGUGGCCCCACCGCCUGAGUCGGGAGGGGUGCCGGCAGUGACUGAGCCCAGCCUCCUAUCGAAGAGUGAAGAAGAAGAUGAGGAGGAACAGGAGGAACAGGAGGAAGAGCAGGGCGAGGAGAUGCUGAAGAAUGCCGCGAAACAGCGCAUUCGCCGCAUGGUCAAACCGAAAGCGAAACGUUCAGACCUAGUGGUGCCGGCCUGGGUGGCUGAGCAAUGGAACAAAGGGACUUCUCAGAAGGAGGCCAUGGCCGCCCUCCUUCAGGAAGUGAACUGGGACAAGACAUCGUUCCUGAACGAGCUCGAGAAAGUGGUGAAGCGCACCCGCGAGAUCGAGAUUGUGAAGGAUCAAGGUUGGUACUCGCAGAGUGAGAUGAAGACAGAUCUCAAGUGGCAAAGGAUCACCGCCGCAGUGGCCCAUUGCGAGAAGAACCCGUCCCUCUUGAUAAGGAGGAACGUCUACGACGGCGUCCUGGAGUACUGGGUGACGGUCAGGGAAACGGGCCGGCAUGUCGAGAACCUGAAGGAGGAGGAGAUUCAGAGGAGCAGGAGUGAAGCUGCCAACCCCGUGGAACUGCCCAAGGAUGCUUUCGCUGGCUUCGACAACAUGACCAAGCGGGUUCUCCCGGAGCCGGCAGGACCUGAUGGGAGUGGAGAUGCCAAGAAGUCUGAGGGUGAGGAAUUGAACAAAAAUUAUUCCAAGGCCACGGAGAUGACUGAGUUCGAACCCCAGUAUGUGGCCUUGAACAUCGAAGCUCGCGCUUCCAGGCAUGUCAAGGCCUUGGAGGAUGGCAUCACGAAAUUGGAGAAGGAGCAUGACAAGCUCAACUUGCAUUGGGCACAAGCGGCUAGCCCCAAGGUGGCUGUGGCCAAGGCCAAGGCAAAAGAGGUGCUGCAGGCCCAGCUUUGCGAAGAUGGAUCCAGGACAUCGGUGAUGGGGUUUCGUCCGAUGGCGUGCUCGGUGUCUUACGAAGAUGCAGAUGAGGAGCUGUGGGAUUUGCUAACGUGUCAUAGAAGUGCCACUGGAAAAAGAUGGUCCGUUUCCGUGGAUGAGCCCGGCAUCUACCUUGAAUCGACGUUGCCCGUCCGUGCUCGAACAGCCGGAGGUGUUCUUCGUCAUGCGAUCAAAACCAUAGACUCUUUGCAGACCAGAUUGUCACCAAUGCUGUUCAAGAUCGGCAUGACCCACGAUGCAGUUAGGCGAUGGGAGUGUCCGGAAUACGGCUACGUGUUCGAGAGGGAUCAUUGGGAAGGUGUGCCUGGAUGUCGAAACAUUCGGCUCGGCGGAGACAACCUGAGCAAAGAUGAUGCAUUGCCGGCUGUACACAUGACAUAUGUUGUGUACCGGAGCUUGAAGCACAAGCCAUGUGACGCGGCCCCGGUCACCUCUGCGAUUCGAGCUGCCCGUGCGGUGCUUGAAGAAGUGCCAGAGGCUGUGGGCUCCAGCAUCAGGAUUAUGGCUGGGUGCAAAGAAAACAACAGCGAGCGUGACGCCCACAGAGUUGCCAGACGGUGCCGGCUGACGCUACCCAUCAUGAUUACUGAAGUCAUGCUUCAUGGAUGGCCAGUUCCCUUGAAUUUGCUCAGUGCAUGGCUCACGUUUUUACUGGGUCGGAACCUCCUGCAUACACUGUCUGGGCUAACCCACCCCGACCUCACCAGGUGUCACUCGACCUGGAAGUGUUUCUGGGCCCGAUAUCAGAAGAUCCACCCGCAUCAUGAUAUAUUCCGCCGAGCAGCUGCAGGAGAGGUUGAUUUGUCAAGGACGGUUGGCCUGAUUUUGCAUGGGGAUGAAGGCCGCACGAAGAAGAAGUCGGCCAUCCUUGUAUUGUCAUGUCACUCGAUACUAGGUUAUGGCAGCAAUGUGGCAGCAGAUGCACACCCCGAGCCAUUCUGCAAACAGUACCUCAACCUGACUCGCCACACCUUAUCUACCCGCUGGAUUCUCGGCUGCCUUCCUAAAACCUACUACGAGUGUGAAGACGGUGAUCGGUUCUUCCAGGAUUACCUCGACGUUUUCGUGCAGGACUUUCUCCAAAUUUACGAGAAAGGCAUCAAAGCAGUGACUGGUGAAGUAUAUCAUUUUGUGAUAUUGAAUGUCAUCGGGGAUUGGCCUUGGUUGACAAAGGCCUUCGGACUACUGCGAAAUUUCCAGAACUGCUCCAAGCAGGAGUCUUCGAAGGCCGCGCCGAAGGGGAUCUGUCAUUGCUGCAAGGCCGAUAUGGAGAAUUAUCCGUUUGAAGAUUUUGUUUCGGCCUCUCCAGCCUGGCGUGAGACCAUCAAUCAAGAAAGAGCGUAUCGGGGCUCUCCGAGUUUCUGGUCGCUGCCAAAGGACCCUACGGAUGAAACCGCAUUCUUGGGACAAGACAUAUUCCACGGCUUUCACCUAGGAGCGGCCAAGCAGUUCCUCGCUUCAUGUUUGUUGGCUGGCCUAGUGCAGCAGACCACCCGACCGCGAGCUGGAGCAAAGGAUCCACGUCGACAUGUGUUUUGCGCUGGUUUCUUAGUGCGUGUGCUCGGCAUGCACAUUUGA